GCCGAGGCCGUCGGAGCUGUUAUAUACAAACAGGUCCGUUGUUAAAAUAGUUAUUUGUAACAAAGAGAUAUCCUCUCAACCGACUGUCAGCCUCGCGUGACACCAACGCGUCCGGCAACGCCUACGUAGCUCCUGAAAGAUGUCCACCAAGAAGCGGAGGCUGCUGAAGGUCAUCAUUCUGGGCGAUAGCGGCGUCGGGAAGACGUCGCUGAUGAACCAGUAUGUUCAGAAGAAGUUCACCAAGGAGUACAAGGCCACAAUCGGUGCCGACUUCCUCACCAAGGAGAUUGAGGUGGACGACAAAAAAGUCACCAUGCAGAUCUGGGACACGGCCGGCCAGGAGCGCUUCCAGAGCUUGGGCUCCGCAUUCUACCGCGGUGCAGACUGCUGUGUGCUUGUGUUUGACGUAAACAAUGCCAAGAGCUUUGACGACCUAGACAACUGGCGGGAUGAGUUCAUCAUACAGGCUGGGCCGCCCGACCCAGACAACUUCCCGUUCAUGGUGCUGGGGAACAAGAUUGAUGAGAACGGGGGCAGCAGCCGCCAGGUGUCGGAGAAGAAGGCCAAGGCCUGGUGCGCCUCCAAGGGCAGCAUACCCUACUUCGAGACGUCGGCCAAGGAGGACAUCAACGUGGAGGCGGCCUUCACAUGCAUCACACGCAACGCACUGCGCAACGAGAAGGAGGAGGAGCUGUUUAUGCCGGACGCUGUGGACAUGAACACCACUGCCACGCAGCGGAAGCGGGCUGGCUGCUGCUGAGCGAUGUUGGCUGGGCGGGGUGCCCAGCGCGGCCCAGUUGUGCCUGGUGCCGCUAUGAAUUCACUCCAGGCCCAUGGCUUUUCGGGUAUUAACACGUGCACGAUAGCUGUGGGUGGGUGCCUGUGGUUAUGUCCAGCUGCUCAACGCAGACGCUGAGUGACGCGAUUCGGGCCUUGAGAGCUGUCUGCAAGGGCCAGGUUCUUCGGCUUGCUGCCGUGUCGAUGCAGAUUGUUGGUGAUGGAAUGGAGCUCGCGGUAUGUUGAUGUGUUGGAAUAGGCUCGCCGAGGCUAGUAAGGCUGCUGAGAUUGUAUUGUGGGAGGUAGCGCCAGUCAAGUGAGCCUGACCGAGCCUGGACCCCCGAGUGAGGGUGGCGUGGCCUUGGACUGGUAGCCAUGACUUUCAACAUGGGUUCCAUUCAAGUUGUAGUGUAGUGUGGGCACAAGCGUGCAUCUAUCUCCAUCCCGGACCAUCAAUGGGGAACUGUUGUGCUCUGCUGGGACCCCGUCGCUCCUGUUCCAUCGCACUAAUGAGACAAGACACCCGAGUGCGGUAUAAUUAGAGGUCACAGCGGCUCCUGUGAAACUUAUCGGA